AUGACAUUCUUUGAACCUAUAAAAUCCUAUGAUUUCCAUAUCUAUUACAAUCAAGAAUCUAAACAAGAGGCAAUCAAUUUAAAGAACUCUAUAUUCAAAGAUUUCGAACAAGAAAUUGACUCAGAUGAAUUAAUUAUCAAAUUUUUAAAAUCAGAUUCAAUAACAGGACCUCAUUUCUCUUCAUUUUUUGAAGUUGAUCUUGAAAACCCAUUACUUUUUGCAAAAUUUUAUUCAUGGAUACAAUUACAACAUCCAAGUCUAUCAAUAUUGAUUCAUCCAAAUAGUGGUGAUGCUUUAAAAGAUCAUACGAUUCAUACAAGUUGGUAUAAUAAACCUGUAAAGUUGAAUGAAGAUGUAUUGAAAGGACAUUAUGGUUAUCCUGAGUUUGGGUUCCCAAAGAGAGAUGUUAUUUUGAAUGGAUAUUAUGAUGGUGAAACAAAGGGAAUAAUGAUUAGAUUAUUAAAUGCUAAAGAUGGAUUUAAUCAAGUAUAA